AUGAUGGCCACAACUGCUCGCAGAAGGGAUCCCGACGAUGACAUCGCCGCUAUCGCUAAACAAAUAUCGGAUCAAGCAGAAGCUAUUUAUCAAAAUUGGAAAUCGAGAGGUUUAGGACCGGCGGAUCUUCUGACGUGUCAUGGCGCUGGCGAUACCACUAAAUUGGGAUCGAUGUUGAAGCCUCAACCAGCGGCGUCGAAACCUGCUUCUCUGGAUAUACUGGCGCAUGCUCCGACGAUGGACAACAACAGAUUGGAAAAAUUGGUGAAAAAUUUCGUCGACGAGGAUAAAGCUCGGAUAGCCGCUACGAAAAACAAAUCUCCAUCGCCGGUGACGUCGCCCACCAAUAAGAUGCCUUCUAGUAUACAAUACGCGUUGCAAAAGUUCGAAAAGGGCGUUAACCAAACCGAGGAUAGAGUGGGGGGGAUGAGUGAUAGUUAUUUGAGGAAAACGGCAACGUUGCCUAGUAGAAAAAUCGGUGUGGGGAGUGGGGUGUUGAGUGGAAAUGGUUCGGGAGUGGGGGUGAAUAGUUACGGCGCCGUGGCGGCCGCCAAUUCGGUACAGCUCCAAACUACGGCGAAACCAGCGAUCGGUCAAAAACCCCAAAUAUCACCGAAACCCCGUUUGAGCGAUACCAUCGAAAUGACCCUGCCGCCGGACCUGGUAACCAGCGCCGGCUUGCAAACAUGGCCGCUGAAAAACCGCGUAAUCAACAAGGACCUACCGGCGAAGAAAAUGGCGGAAAAUAACGUUUAUUCGGGAACGAUAAAACCGAAUGGCGCCGAUGAGGCGGAUAAACACCCUUCGUCGGUGACUAUAGACCAAGUGGCGUUGGAGGAGAAAAAAUUCAUCAACGCCCUCAAAAACGGAGAUAUCGUUAGCGAAGAACCAAUUAGGAAUAUAAGGAAACCAACUACGAUAAAGCAGCUUCCGUCGACCAAAGAACCCCUUCCGGCGGAAAAACUGGUCGAAUCUACCACGUCGACGACGGCCACGAAAUGGGGGCUGCGCAGCACGCCGCGUCGCCUCGAACAACAAGUGCCUCAUCCGGAAUUGACGACUAGCCAAAGACAACACCUUCGGCAAUCGGCUGCUUCGAAUCCGGUCCGACCGUUUUUGACCAGGGGAUCCGUCGCAGAAAGGGUGCUCAUAUUCGAGAGGUGUCCCAGCGAUUUGUUGCUGGAUAAAAGAGUGAGAGCGCCGGCUCCCCAUCUACCUUCAAAAAUACAGCCGGUACAGAAACAACCACCACUUCAACACACUACCCUUCAAAGACACAUCAGAGCUCAUAGAAACGUCAAUAUUCCAAGGUUUCAUUUCCCUACUGGCAAACCAGCAGCGCCAGGACAAUUGGACAUCAUUAGGACCAAGGUGGCGGGUGCUUUUGCAAAGAUCGGAGAAAGGGCUUCCAGGGAACAUUUUGCGGCGCUCACUCAAGCCGCGCAACUUCCCUUAUAUUGGAAGACGCCCUUAUAUUUGGCCGCUUGUGCAGAUAAAGGCAGUUGUAAUAUGGAACAAUUCAUGACCUUCUGGCAAAGUAUGACGACGCAAUGUCACGACGCCGCCAGUCGUUUUAUAUACAUCCUCACCAGAGGUCGCCGGAAUUGGUUAGCGCCCGAAGAUUUUAUACCAUUAGUUCAAGACGUCGUCGAAACGCAUCCCGGACUAACGUUCCUUAAGGAAGCCACGGAAUUCCACUCGAGAUACGUACAUACGGUGAUAGCCAGAAUAUAUUAUUGCGUUAACCGAUCGUGGUCGGGUAAAAUAACAACCUACGAAUUAAGAAGAUCGAAUCUUCUCAACAUAAUUCAGCUAUUAGAAGACGAGGAAGACAUAAAUCAGAUAACCCAGUAUUUCAGUUACGAGCAUUUCUACGUGAUAUAUUGCAAAUUUUGGGAACUAGACCGAGAUCACGAUCUAUUCAUAGAUAAAAGCGAUCUAACUCGCCACAACGACCACGCCCUUUCCACUCGAAUCAUCGAUCGCAUAUUUUCCGGUUGCGUCACCAGAGGUAACAAGAAACAUCAAGACGAAAAAAUGUCUUACACCGAUUUCGUUUGGUUCCUACUCAGCGAAGAAGACAAACUCCAUCCGACAGCCAUAGAAUAUUGGUUCCGGUGCAUGGACAUCGACGGCGACGGUUAUCUAUCGAUGUACGAACUGGAGUAUUUCUACGACGAACAGAUGCACCGAAUGGAAUCGAUCGGAAUCGAAACUUUACCGUUUCAAGAUUGUCUUUGUCAGAUGUUGGACAUGGUGAAACCGAAGGCGCCCGGUAAGAUCGCUUUGAGCGAUUUGAAGAAAUGUAAAAUGACGCCGAUAUUUUUCGAUACGUUUUUCAAUUUGGAGAAGUAUUUGGAUCACGAGCAGCGGGAUCCGUUCGCUUCGCAGAGGGACCACGACGUCGACGGGCAGGAGAUGUCUGAUUGGGAUCGGUACGCGGCUGAGGAGUACGAGCUUCUCGUGGCCGAAGAGGGGGGCAACGAUCAACCUGAUAGCUUCUCAUUCGAUGAAGGUAACGAGGAAGAUCUUCUUUCGCAUCACUUAGAUAACGUACUAGACGACGAUUACGACGACGACGACGACGUCGAACCGGCAGAACUAUCCGAGGAUAGCGAUUGUAGCAUUUAGCGUAAUUGUAGUCGGGUCUAAAAACUAGUUUCGAGACAUUUAAUAUGAAAAAAGAAAAUUUCGAACAACGAAUAUAUUUUCGAUAAAUACCGGGGGAUUACAAAGACAAAUUCGUUUUCAAAUUAAAUGUCUUUUUACGGAGCUUGUUUCGCCCCUUUUGAUGUAGUGACCAGUGAAGUGCUAUUAUCGAUUCUAAAUAAUCGAAUAGAAUAGUAUUGAAACGAUUAGAAAAAGAAAAAAAGAUUUUUAAUGAAAAAAAAUUGUACGCGGCAACGCUGUACCUUGAUCUACUAUGACUAAGUGCCAUUAAAUUUAGUUGCGUUGUUAGCUAUGUUGCCACGUUUAAAUUUACAUUGUCGAUGUUUGGAAAUUUGAGGUUGUAAAAAGUUACACGCGAAAAAAAAAGAUUUUUUCUCGUUAAAAAUCUUAUUUGACUCAAUGGAUCUGCUUAAUUUUUUUGAUAUUUGAAGCAAAAAAAGUAUUUUUUACGUAAAAUACGAAUUUUUUGUAUUUAAUACGUAAUACAUACACUGAAAUUAAUGUUGUUAUAAAAGAUUUUUUUUAUUACAAAAUAUAAUUUAUCCUAAGACUAAUUGUUUAGAAUACGUUGAAUCUCGGUUUACAAGGUACUCUCAAAAAGUUAGAUAACACCUUUUUUUAUUAUUAAUAUAAUCAGAUAUCGAACACACCUCUACUUUUUCGUUUCCCCUCGUAAUCGUAAAUUCGUCGAAACUAGGAAUUUGAGUAUUUACUUGAUAACAAUAAUGGUUUAAGUUGGUGUGUUCGAUUAAUUCGGGACAAAUAUUUCGUACAGGGUGUCCCAAAUUUAGAAAAAAAAAAAUAGUAGAAAAAGAAACCCACAGGAAAUAAUUGAAUUAAACCUCACUGUGGGUAUUUUCAACGGGUGUAGUACUGAAAAGAUAAAACCCCAAAUUUUGUCGAUUUCUUUUUUUUUUUUAAUUAAAGAAGAUAAUUGUGCAUUAGCCCUCCAACCUAUUUCAAACUUCACUAAUAUCUCUGUAUAUAUUGAUUUUGCUGAAAAAACUUUCAAACAAAAAUUGAAGGUCUUAAUAAGCUCUACAAAAAAGGUUAUAUACAUUUUUUAUGUAAAUCUAUUAUUUUGGCCGUUAUGACUCAAAAUAUCUCGUUAAGUGUCAAAUUGACUAACCUAACCUCUAAUUGAGAUAUUUUGGGUCAAAACUGCCAAAAUAAUAAGAUUUCGAAAAAAAUGUAUACAAUCUUUUUUGUAGAGCUUUUUAUUAGCUUCGAUUUUUGUUGGAAACUUUUUUCUGUAAAAUCAUUAUUUCCGAAGAUAUUUAAUAAAAUUGUUACAACUUUGAAGGAAGCUGGGGGGCGAAAAUAUUGAUUUUAGAAGAACAAGUUUCAGACAAAAAUCGAAGCUAAUAGAAAGCUCUACGAAAAAAGUUAUAUACAUUUUUUAUGUAAAUCUAUUAUUUUGGCCGUUAUGACUCAAAAUAUCUCGUUAAGUGUCAAAUUGACUAACCUAACCUCUAAUUGAGAUAUUUCGGGUCAAAACUGCCAAAAUAAUAGAUUUAGGAGAGAAUGUAUAUAACCUUUUCUGUAGAACUUUUUAUUGACUUCGAUUUUUGUUGGAAACUUUUUUUCUAAAAUCAAUUUUUACGAAGAUAUUUAUUAAAUUCGUUUAGUAGUGGGCUGGAGGCAAACGAAAUUAUCUUCUAUAAUCAAGAAAAAUCUCUGGAGAAAAUAUCGGUGAAAUUGGGAGGGUUUAUCUAUUCGAAACUGCAUCCUAAUUUCACUUUGUACGUUUAAUAUAGCUUUAGUAUAAUUGAUAUUAAAUAUUAAAAAGUUUGAUUUUUUUGGUGAUUUUUUUCACUGUUUAGUGCAGCUAAUUGUUGGAUUUUUGUAUAGUAUAGUUUAUUUUAACAAAAAUUGUUUAACUUUUUUUCGAUAGUAUGAUUUUUACUAGUCAUUUUUAUUAUUAAUAUUUCGUAUGAUAUUUAUGUGUAACGUUGUAUAAAAAUCGUUUUAUUAUUGUAGAUGAACUUAAUAUAUAUAUUGGUUUUCUCCUAAUUCUUUCAUUUAAUACCCCAAAAAAACAC